AUGGAUAAUUUCUUAGACAAGUUGCCGGAGAUGGAUCUGAUGCGGUCGGAGAAGAUGACGCUCGUCCAGCUUAUCAUCCCCGUCGAGUCCGCUCACCGUUCCGUCACUUAUCUCGGCGAGCUCGGCCUCUUGCAGUUCCGCGACCUAAAUGCCGAUAAAAGUCCUUUCCAGCGGACAUUUGCUAAUCAGGUCAAAAGAUGUGGUGAGAUGUCAAGGAAGCUGCGUUUUUUCAAAGAUCAAAUUGAUAAAGCUGGUCUAAGGUGUUCACCCCGCCAUGAAAUUGAACCGGACAUUGAGCUUGGAGAUUUAGAGAGACAACUUGCUGAUCACGAGCAUGAGGUACUGGAAAUGAAUUCAAACAGUGAAAAGCUUCGGCAGACAUAUAACGAACUUCUUGAAUUCAAGAUAGUUCUUCAAAAGGCAAGUGGUUUCCUUGUCUCAAGUAAUGCUCAUGCAAUUGGAGACGAAACAGAACUACAUGAAAGCACCUACUCAAAUAACGGUUUUAUUGAGAGUGCCUCUUUACUGGAGCAGGAACUGAGGCCUGAACCCUUGAAUCAAUCAGGAUUGAGAUUUAUUAGUGGAAUUAUUAACAAAGACAAACUUCUUAGGUUCGAAAGGAUGCUGUUUCGUGCAACAAGAGGCAAUAUGCUUUUCAACCAAACACCCUCUGAUGAGGAGAUCAUGGAUCCUUCAACAUCAGAAAUGGUGGAGAAAAUUGUAUUUGUGGUAUUCUUUUCUGGGGAGCAAGCACGGACAAAAAUAUUGAAAAUAUGUGAAGCAUUUGGUGCAAAUUGCUAUCCUGUCCCCGAGGAUACAACAAAGCAGAGGCAGCUUACGAGAGAAGUUUUGUCCCGACUCUCUGAUCUGGAAGCCACUCUAGAUGCUGGAACUCGUCAUCGGAAUAGUGCCCUUAAUUCUGUUGGUUAUAGCUUGGCUAAAUGGAUAACCACGGUUCGGAGAGAGAAAGCGGUCUAUGAUACUCUGAACAUGCUAAAUUUUGAUGUAACCAAGAAAUGUCUUGUUGGCGAAGGUUGGUGCCCCACAUUUGCUAAGACUCAGAUUCAUGAGGUCCUGCAGCGAGCCACGUUCGACAGCAAUUCACAAGUGGGCGUUAUAUUUCAUGUAAUGCAAGCGGUAGAAUCACCUCCCACCUAUUUCAGAACAAACAAACUCACAAAUGCGUUCCAGGAGAUUAUUGAUGCUUACGGUGUUGCAAGAUAUCAAGAGGCAAACCCUGCGGUUUAUUCAGUUGUCACAUAUCCCUUUUUGUUUGCUGUUAUGUUUGGGGAUUGGGGUCAUGGUCUAUGCUUGCUGAUUGGAGCGUUGUAUCUUCUUGCUCGUGAAAGAAAGCUGAGUACGCAGAAACUUGGAAGCUUUAUGGAGAUGCUCUUUGGAGGCCGUUAUGUAAUCUUACUAAUGGCACUUUUUUCAAUAUACUGUGGGCUCAUCUACAAUGAGUUCUUCUCUGUUCCUUUCCACAUCUUUGGUGCUUCAGCUUACAAAUGCAGAGAUACUACUUGUAGCGAUGCUUACACGGUUGGUUUAAUCAAGUACCGUGAUCCAUACCCUUUUGGCGUAGAUCCUAGUUGGCGUGGAAGUCGUUCAGAACUGCCUUACCUAAACUCUCUUAAGAUGAAGAUGUCUAUUCUUCUGGGAAUUGCUCAGAUGAAUCUGGGACUAAUAUUAAGUUUCUUCAAUGCUCGCUUCUUCAGCUCUUCACUGGACAUUAGGUAUCAGUUUAUACCUCAGAUGAUAUUUCUGAACAGCCUGUUCGGUUACCUUUCACUACUCAUCAUCAUCAAGUGGUGCACUGGAUCUCAAGCUGACCUGUAUCACAUUCUGUUAUUGCUUAUGGCAUUCAUUGCCGUUCCAUGGAUGCUUUUUCCAAAACCCUUUGCCCUCAGGAAAAUUCACAUGGAGAGGUUUCAAGGUCGCACUUAUGGCGUUCUUGGUACUUCUGAGGUGGAUCUGGAUGUAGAACCAGACUCGGCGAGAGGCCAUCAAGAAGAAGAGUUUAACUUCAGCGAGAUUUUUGUACAUCAAUUGAUUCACUCCAUAGAGUUUGUUCUAGGUUCGGUUUCUAACACAGCAUCUUACCUUCGUCUCUGGGCUCUUAGUUUGGCUCAUUCGGAAUUGUCAACGGUCUUCUAUGAGAAAGUUCUUCUUCUCGCUUGGGGGUAUGACAACAUUUUGAUCCGGUUAAUCGGAGUAGCUGUGUUUGCGUUUGCAACGGCGUUUAUACUACUGAUGAUGGAAACGCUAAGUGCGUUUCUACAUGCUCUGCGUCUUCACUGGGUUGAAUUCAUGGGCAAGUUCUUUCAUGGAGAUGGUUACAAGUUCAAGCCUUUCUCCUUUGCUUUAAUCUCAGAUGACGAUGAAUAA